AUGUCCAGUCACAGACUGAAUCUGCACCGUUUAAUUUGGGGAAGUCUCAUUCUUCAGUUGCUGGUUGUUUAUGAGCAUGCCCUUCCUGCCUCCAACAUCAGCUUGCAGACAUUCAUUGGCUGUGCUGUGAGAGAGUUUAGAUUCAUGGCCAGGAAACCUGGAUGUAAAAAACUGCGAAUAACCACGGAUGCAUGCUGGGGACGUUGUGAAACCUGGGAGAGACCGAUUCUUGAUCCUCCUUACAUUGAAGCAUACCACCGGGUCUGUACCUACAAUGAAACCAAGUCUGUGACUGUGAAAAUGCCCAACUGCCUCCCUGACGUAGACCCGUUCUAUACCUACCCCAUGGCAUUGCGAUGUGACUGUGACCUCUGUUCAACCACAACCACCGAGUGUGUGACCUUGUAA